AUGAGAAGCCGGCGCUGCGCCCCGCUCCCGCUCCCGCUCCUGCUCCUGCUGCUGCUCCUGCUGCCGCUGUGGCUCUCACCCUCGGCCGGGGACGCCGCGGUGAUCACCGGGGCCUGCGACAAGGACCUCCAGUGUGGCAGAGGCAUGUGCUGUGCUGUUAGUAUCUGGGUUAAAAGCAUAAGGAUUUGCACACCUCUGGGUAAAGUGGGAGACAGCUGCCAUCCACAGACUCGGAAAAACCAUUUUGGAAAUGGAAGGCAGGAACGAAGAAAGAGGAAGAGAAGAAAAAGGAAAAAGGAGGUUCCGUAUUUUGGGCGGAGAAUGCAUCACACAUGUCCUUGUAUGCCAGGCCUGGCCUGCUUACGGACUUCAUUUAAGCAGUUUAUUUGUUUAGCCCGAAAGUAAUCACUUCUGAGUAGAAACUUUAAAUGUGAACAGCCACAUGAUGUCUGUAAAGUCUGAACUUGUGAUUGUGCCAGAUAAAAACACGCCAGAAAGAAAGACUCCUGCUUCCCUCCACUUUCCAAGUGACGUUUUUAUCUUUGAUUUUUAAAUGACUUUUUUUUUCUAUUGAAAGGGAAUUUUAAUUUUGGAUAGAAAUGUAAAGUGCAAAGCAUUAUGGAACUGGUUCUCAUUUCCUUGUUUAUAUUUUGGUUUGGUUUGGCUUUUUUUAAUGCCAAUAGCUCACCCACUUCUGCAAAAAUGAGGAGAAUAAGAAUUGACAUUUUGUUACGGAGACAUUUUUUCUUCCUACCCCUCCUGUCCCUGCCCCACAGAGAGACACACAUACCUUGUGUCUCUUGUCUCUUAGUCCUCCAUGAAUUGUGAAGCGCUCACCUUUUUUCUCUUAUUUUUCCCUCCCUGCCUUUUAGCAUUUUAGAGAGGAAGGACUGGAUCCUGUAGUCUGCUGGGAGAAUCCCUGGUUCAAACUGACCUAUUCGCCUGGUACUUGUGACAAGAGGAUGUAGUUGAACUGAAUGUUCCUAACUCCUGUUAUGCACAGCAGGUUGGGAGAGCUUCUAGAAUUUUCCUUCACUUGUCUAGCCCAGGGGACUUCAGUUCUGCUCUUGAGGACAGAAGGGAUGAAAAUCCAAAUUAUCUUAGUCCAGAUUUCCAGAUUUGGGGUUUUGUUUAAACAAAAGACAUUUUUUCCAGUGAAAUUUUUUUUUCUUUUCUUUUCUUUCUCAUAAGGUUUGUUUUAAAUUCUCCUGUUAGAGAUAUUCUAAAAAAUGUCACUUGUGGAGGAAAUAUUGAGUUUAAUCUGGCAUAACACUAGUCAUCAUUUUUAAAUCGAUAUUAAGUUAUAAUUUAAACUUUAUUUGUAACCUAAAGGUCUAUCAUAAUGGAUUGCCUGAUAUCUUGCCAUUUGUAGCUGUAUCAUUAUUGCUAUGUAAAAAUUCUGUAUCAGAAUAAUGACAGUACUGUAUAUCAUUUGAUUUAUUUUAAUAUUAUAUUCUUAUUUUUGUCAUGGUUGUCAUCAGUUUUUAUUACAAGCAGAUUUCUAUAUAGGCCACAUCCCAAAAUGGGUGGAGACUCUCAAGUCAGUAAAAUAGGCCUAACACUAUGUGCAUUUCUAUGUUACAUCCAGAAAAGUUGUGUUUGCCUGAAUUUUAAGGUAAUCCAAAAGAAAUAAACAAUGUGUACAUCAAUGCAGCUUGGACCAUGAAAGAAAAUUAUGACAUGUAGAAGUGACUGUAGUCAGGAAUGGGCUCAUGGCCUUUUGCUGUAUUGAAAAAGCAGACAGUGACGGAGUGUGUCUUGCAUGAGAAGGCAGGGUGCUAGGUGCUAAUCAUAUGGCAAUGUCAAUACAGAGACUGGCCUUGAAAACCCACCAAGUAUUGUAAACUGGUUUAACGUCACAAAUAAACAACAUAUGAAAUGAG